CUAAACUUCCGGUUUGCAGCAAAUUUUGGUGAUGAUUAAGAUAACAGAGAAAAAAUGGUUGUUUUGAAAAUGUGAGUGUAGAAAUCCUUUGAACACCAUACAAAAUGGCAGAAGUGAUUUCCCCCCAGCCCAAGAUUGUGGUUGGAGCCUAUAAUUUCAAGGGCACUAACAAUGAUGAGCUAUGUUUCUGUAAAGGUGACCUGAUUACGGUGACCCAGAUUGUGGAUGGGGGAUGGUGGGAAGGAACCCUUAAUGGACAGACAGGAUGGUUCCCAGCCAACUAUGUCAAAGAGGUCAAACUAGAUCCCAAGACUGGCCUGCCCCCUGGUGUCAAAGCUGGAGAGAUUAAGUUGAACAAAAGAGAAAGUACAGCUCACUACCAAAGUGUGGUAUUACAGAACAUCAUAGACCAGGAACAGGCUCACGUGACUGAGCUACAGGAGCUGCUGGAAAAAUACUUGAAACCUUUGCAGGAGGCAGGAAUUUUAAGUGGAGCAGAAUACUCACAGCUGUGUGGAAACCUUGAGGACAUCACAGUAUUCCAGGAAAACUUCCUAGCUCAGCUGAAAGAAAUUGCAAAAAUGCCAAGUAACCAACAGAAGGUAGGAGGCAGCUUUAUGAUGAAUGCUCCCCAGUUGAUAUCUCUCUACAAGACCUACUGUUCCAACCAUCCUCAGGCUGUCUCUGUAUUACAGACACACAGGGAAAAGCUUGACCAGUUCAUGGAAAACCAGGGGGCAGUGGCUCCUGGGGUAAUUACACUGACCACCAGCCUGUCUAACCCCUUCAGGAUGCUAGACCGCUACCCCGUGUUACUGAAGGAACUGGAGAGACACAUUGAGGACUGCCAUGUAGAUAGGGGGGACACACAAAGAGCAAUCGCUGUGUUCAGGGACAUAGCUAGUUCUUGUACAGAAAUAAGAAAGCAGAAGGAAUUGGAACUGGACAUAUUUUCAAGCACAAUCAGUGGCUUAGAGGAUAGUAUUAGUCAAUAUGGAGAUGUCCUGCUACUGUCACAAGUAUUAAUGCACAUGGAAGGUGGAGAAAAGACCGAGAGAUUAUUUAUCCUUUUUCUGGGGAAAUUGAUCAUAUUAUCAGCAAAUCCUCAGCAAGAAGGAUACACAUUUGAGUCUAAAAUAACUCUGAGUGGCACCACAGCCAAAGCAAUUGAAGAUGAAGACUCUGUACUAAAUGCCUUUGAAAUAUCAGGGAACAUGACAGAUAAGAUAGUUGUGUCCUGUGCCUCGCCUCAUGAGCAGAAAGCCUGGCUUGAUGCCUUACGGCAGCAGAACAAGCCCAAAGCUCCUCCUGCGCUGAGCACUCCCCCCUCCCACUCUCACUCUCACACCAUCCCAGCUAAACUGACACCGUUGCAGCUCUCCACGUCGCAGCCCAACAUAAACGUCACAGCGACUCUUCCAGCGCAGGGCAAGAAAUUCAAGAUGACCCCCCAGCCUCUCUUUAAGGCUCACAAGACCUGGAGUCUGUCGUGUCUGCGACCUUGCCCCCCACUCAGACCCGUCUACUUCUCUCGAGACGACCCAACCAAGAGCCCUAGAUCUGGAAGAAAGUUCCGUACUCUUACCAGAAGACCAGUUGAUGAUGCCAAGACAAUGGAGGACGCACUUAUUCUGAAAGUCAUUGAAGCCUACUGUACAAGUGCCAAGACAAGACACACUGUUAACUCAUCUCUGUUAGACAGCCCCCACAUGUUGAUAGCUGAAGAAGAGAAGAUAAUCUUUGAGGAGCAGAAGGGCGACCAGACGGUGGUGGAGGAGAAGACAUUGGUAGACACAGUGUAUGCCAUCAAAGACCAGCUGAAAGAAUUGAGAGAGGAACAAGUGCUACUACGUAAAGAACUGGAGGAGGAGCGUAGAGCAAGGAAAAGAAUUGAAGCCAUGUUGAAUAAAUCUCGACGCUCUCUGAGGAGUCUUGUGGAUGGACCUUGGGAAGAAUCAUCACCAAUUUUAUAGGAUUGAGGCAUUCAGCAUGACCUAGGGUGAAGGUCAUGACCUUAUGCAAAGGUCAGGAUCAUUCUAGCCUUUGUAGAAGACACCAUACCCAAACUUGGAAGGUUUUAUGAAACAUGAUGUUGGAGACUGUGUACUGAGAGACAUAUACAUAUUUAUAUGCAUAUAGAUGAAUUAGAGCAGAAAAGGCAGUAUGGCACGUUAAGUAUGAAGCAUUCUUUUUUAUCUCCUGCAAAAAACUACAGAUUGUUUAAUUUUCAUUUGAAUGUGUAUAAAAACAGAACGAUAAUGAGCAAAAUAACUGCAAGGUAAAUAUUUAAAAUGACUAACGGCAUUGUUAUAAGCUUUCCUAACUAUUAUAAUUUCUUGAAAAUAUCUACAAAGUCGGCGUUAGUGUGGAAAAAAAAUGGUAACUUCAGUUUAGGUAUUUUUCUUUUCUUUUUUUUUUUCCAGUAUUAAUUCUUAACGAAUUUGUUUUGUAUUGUAUUCAGCGAGAUAUUAGUGGUAUAUUGCUAUAGAUCAUGUCACAUAUUCCUGUAAAUUGUGUAGUUGUUAAACCGGAUGCACUUCUUCUUACAUCAGAAUGUUGAUAAAAUGAAGCAUAUGUGCAGCAUUAAAAUUUUAAAACAUGUUUUCAUAACUGAUUAUGCAUAUGAAUCACAAAAAAACAUAGCAUAUGUGCCUUAGAUUUUUUUAACAGUUUUGUUAAAAAAAU